GGGAAGGCGGUGGUCCGCCAUUUCGUGGACGCCAGGGCAUUGAGAGCAUCUGCGGAAGCAGAUCGCAGAGGGUGCGGGUGGGCCUCGUCGGAGUGUUGGGAUUUGAGCUGCGGUUCUCGAACCCAGGAUCUCGAAAUGCAUCGUGAUUCCUGUCCAUUAGAUUGUAAGGUGUAUGUAGGUAAUCUUGGAAACAAUGGGAACAAGACUGAAUUAGAACGGGCAUUUGGCUAUUAUGGACCGCUCCGAAGUGUGUGGGUUGCUCGAAACCCCCCUGGCUUUGCUUUCGUUGAAUUUGAGGAUCCCCGAGAUGCUGCUGACGCUGUCCGAGAGCUAGAUGGAAGAACACUAUGUGGCUGCCGAGUAAGAGUGGAGCUGUCGAACGGUGAGAAAAGAAGUCGGAAUCGUGGCCCCCCUCCCUCUUGGGGUCGUCGCCCUCGAGAUGAUUACCGUAGGAGGAGUCCUCCACCUCGGCGAAGAUCUCCAAGAAGGAGAAGCUUCUCUCGAAGCCGGAGCAGGUCACUUUCUAGAGAUAGGAGAAGAGAGAGGUCUCUGUCUCGUGAGAGAAACCACAAGCCGUCUCGAUCUUUCUCUAGGUCUCGUAGCCGAUCUAGGUCAAAUGAAAGGAAGUAGAAGACCAGUUUGCAAAAGAAGUGGUGUACAGGAAGUAACUUCAUUUGACAGGAGUAUGUACAGGAAAUUCAAGUUUUGUUUGAGACUUCAUAAGCUUGGUGCAUUUUUAAGAUGUUUUAGCUGUUCAUGUUCCCUUAAGCAAGAUUGAAUUUGCUUUGAACUUUAGUUUUUCAUAGACUGAAAUAAACCUAGAUCCUGCCCAGUUAAAGUGUGAUGUACUAAUGAUAAACCACUGAUGGAAAUUGACAAAACUAGUUUAUUAGCUGGAUUACAGUCUGGAGCUGUGGGUGAAAUGACAAGCAGUCUGUAAAAGCUGCUGUUAACAGAAGUUAACAGGGAAAGGGUGGGAACUGCACUCUGAAGACUUUGAAAGCGGUUCCUCACUGAUUGCCAUCUAUGGAGGAAGCUGUUUGUAACAUUCUUUAUUUGGAAAUGGAAGACUAAGUUACCAGUUGGUUUAAGGGUACAUUGUAGAGCUGAACCUUUGAGUUACUGUGCAAGAUUUCUUUUUCAUGCUGUCAUUUGUAAUAUGUUUGUGAGAGUCCUUGGGAUUAAAGUUUUGGUUACAAAUUGUUGUUUAACUUGAAAGCCUGUUUUUCCUUACACACUCAAAUCUGUGAGCUUGGUAUCAAGUCCAAGUAUAACAUUCCUAUUGGAAGCCAUACUUAUAUUUUCUUGUAAAGUGCUUUUGGAUUAAUAAAAUACUAGCCUAAUUGUGUAGUAGUCAGUUGAGCAAACCCACUGUUACCAUUGUUAUCCCUGGGAAAGCAUUUGGUUACCCAGUUCUUUCUUUGUAAGAAACAUAACUGAGAGGCACUGGAUUAGUGAAGAAUUUUUUCCCCCUUUGGCUGUCACCUAACUAAGAUUUAGUCAUUUUUUAGAAGUUGAAGCCAAUUCAAGAUCAUGUCACUAACAUUGUAAAGUAGCACCAGUGUGGUAUUGUAACUCUUUAAGUUGCCCAUAAAAAGUAGCUUUUAUCUUCAGCAUGAAAACAUUCAACAAAGUUUAAAAUUGAUUUCAUUUGAUAACUUGAGGUCUUGCAUGGGAUUCCAAACUGAUCAUGAUGUAAAAUCUACCAUGUGGCUAAAUGUAACUGCACAGUUGACUGUAGAGGCAUGCAUACCCUGUCUCUGAGAAAUCUGGAGGAGUUGUGCUUUCAGAUUGUGUGUGUGUGUGCAAUUAGAUUAAAUCAUAAUGCAACAGUCUUGUGGCUUAAGUUUUCUUAAAUGUGCUCUUUUGAGAUAGUUUUUAGAUGCUGUACUGACUUUGUUUUUAUGAGGUCCCUCCCCCCAAUUAUGUUUGCUUGUACCAAUAAAUCUCAGUAAGAAAAGAGAAUUGUGUUCGGAAGGUUCCAGCAUGAGCCUUUGAAAGAAGUGCCCAUGUUCAAAGAAGAUACUUUGAAAUUUAGACUUCCUGUUAACAUGUUAGAAGAUUGGGCCCUUUUUUGUACUCCAUGGUAGAACUGAGUAAUCUACUUCUCGUUGGCAUCAACCUAACUGGCUAUUGAUCAUUAAUUGGAUCAGUAGACUGGAAGCCCUAGCAUAAGUUUGGCUUAGUAGGAAAUACCAAAUGUGGACAUUUAAAACUGAACUGACAUUUAGAUUGUGGCUAUUUGGAAAUGCUCUUGUAAUUUCUGUAAUUGUAGGUUAAAUUAGCCAGUCUUGAUCACUUUCUUGAGUGUGAUACUAAAAGUUACAGUGGCUAUAGGUGUUCAUUAGAAGUCAUUAUUGUUAGUUGUACUUUGGGAUAAUCAAGAAAAGUGAGAAUUGGGAGUGUGGGUUUCUCAUUAUAGGUUACCUCUGAUGUACAUACUUAGGUAUGUUGUGGUUAGCCUUCAUGUACCGUUUAGGUACUAAGGGUUUCCAGAGUGACCCUAACACUGUUAAUAUGGAAGAGUUAUAUAUAGGUAAUAAACAUCCAUAGUUCUCUAAGAGUCGCUGCUUUAGUGCCUUGUCUAAAUGUGCUUUUUUCAGAAUCCCAGAUGGGGUUUAGUUGUCGGUUACUCUUCCAGUUGUCUAUUUUUAUACUGCCAGACUGUUGCCUCCUCAUUUUCCUUUGGGCAAGGGACAUAAAGAUUUUUAUGAUUAAAGACACUGAC